AUGACAUUAAAUAAUAAAACCAAUAUUUCUUUAGAAUCGGAAAAAUUUAUCAAUGUCAUUGAAUCACAAAAGACAUCAAAGAAUCCCUCAAAAACAUUUGAAGAAUUAGGGUUAAAUCCAUGGUUAAUUGAUGCAUUAAAAGCAAUGUCAAUAAAAUUUCCUUCAGAGAUACAAAAAGUUUGUAUACCACAGAUAUUGAACGGGAAAGAUUGUAUAGGAGGAGCAAAAACAGGUUCAGGAAAAACUGCUGCAUUCGCCUUACCAAUUUUACAAAAAUUGUCGGAAGAUCCAUUUGGUGUUUUUGCUCUUGUUUUAACUCCAACAAGAGAAUUGGCUUUUCAAAUCGCCGAUCAAUUUCGAGUACUUGGAAAAAGUAUAAAUCUUAAAGAGUGUGUCGUAGUUGGAGGACUUGAUAUGAUGAGCCAAUCAUUACAAUUAUCCAGGAAACCUCAUGUAGUUAUAGCAACACCUGGUCGACUUGUAGAUCAUAUCAAUAGUAGCGCAAUUGCACCUUGUUUAAGCAGAAUAAGAUUUUUGGUUCUUGAUGAGGCAGAUCGUUUAUUAUCUGAUACAUUUGCUGAAGAUCUUGCAGUUAUAUUUGAUACUAUACCAAAAAAACGGCAAACAUUGUUAUUUACAGCGACAAUGACAGAAAAUAUCUUGCAAUUACAAGAUGCGCAAGAAGAAGACCCUAACAGAAAACCCUUUAUUUAUCAAGUUAAAUCAGAUAUAUCGACAGUAUCAACGUUGUCGCAAUUUUAUGUUUUCAUCCCGUCACACAUACGUGAGCCAUAUUUAACUCAUCUUCUAAGAUCAGAAGAGCUUUCAAAUAAAUCUACCAUAAUAUUUUGUGGUAGAUGUAGAACUGCUGAAUUGCUACGUGUUAUGCUUGUAGAGUUGGACAUUCGUUGUACAAGUUUACAUUCUAUGAUGAGUCAAAAAGAAAGAUUAAACAGUUUGGGUAAAUUCAAAGCAGAAAUAGUGAGGGUGUUGAUUGCUACUGAUGUUGGCAGUCGUGGUCUUGAUAUUCCGACAGUGCAAUUAGUUGUUAAUUUUGAUAUACCACGUGAUCCCACAGAUUACAUUCAUCGAGUCGGUCGUACUGCAAGAGCCGGUAGAGGUGGUAUAGCUUUAUCAAUUGUAACUGAACGCGACAUUGAACUUGUACAAAAUAUUGAAACAAGAAUAAAUAAAAAAAUGGAAGAAUGGAAAAUUAAUGAAAAUAAAGUUUUAGAAAGUUUAAAUGAAAUUGCUACCGCAAAAAGAGUUGCAACGAUGCAUUUACAUGAUACCAACUUUGGAGCUUCAAAAGAAAUCCAAAAAAAGAAACAUAGUCUUUUAGAAACAAAAAGUACGAGAAAUGUUAUUUCAAAGAAAAGGUUUAAAAAAAAUGAAAAAGGAAAAGAUAAAAUUAAAAAAAUUCUCUAA